AUUAAUAGUAAGGAAAAGUGGAGAGAGUAGGAACCCAGCAGAGUUCGGCACCCAGCAGUGAAGGUUGACCAGACUGGAUCACUGUGUCAGAGACCCGAACCAAGGAUCUUGACUCAUGCGCAUUUAAUACAACUUGACUUCUUGAGGACAGCAAGUAUUUCUCUGAAGGCCUGUCCCCUCAAAGUAGCACAGAGACAGGACUAUGCCAGCUGCAUUGCAAGAAGGACUCCUCUCUUCUUGGCUGAGUACACGCAAAGCUGAUGAUUAACAGGACUGCCUGCCAUAUAGCAUUUGACAAGCUUGGCUACAAAGAGAUUCAUGGGACACGCAGACCAUUAAGGACUAGAGAAGACACAGCACUUCAAGUCACAGACUUGCAAAGGAAUAAUUGGAUCAAGGAGCCUGGAGACCAUGGAGGGAGACUGUCUGAGCUGCAUGAAGUACCUGAUGUUUCUUUUCAAUUUCUUUAUAUUUCUGGGAGGAGCGUGCCUGCUGGGAGUUGGUAUCUGGGUCAUUGUGGAUCCUACAGGUUUCCGAGAGAUAGUGGCUGCUAACCCUCUGCUCUUCACGGGAGCAUACAUCAUGCUGGCUAUGGGAGCGAUGCUCUUUCUGCUGGGUUUCCUCGGUUGCUGCGGUGCCAUCCGUGAGAACAAAUGCCUUCUGCUUUUUUUCUUCAUGUUUAUUCUGUUAAUCUUCCUGGCGGAGCUUUCAGCUGCAAUCCUGGCUUUUAUCUUCAGAGAAAAUCUGACCAGGGAGUUCUUCACCAAGGAGCUGAAGAAACAUUAUCUGAGGAACAAUGACACGGACGUCUUCUCUUCCACCUGGAACUCUGUUAUGAUCACAUUCGCCUGCUGUGGAGUGAAUGGACCAGAAGAUUUCGAAACUCUCUCUCAUGACCCACACUCACCUUUGGAAGAAGCGACACCAGAGGCUUGUUGCCAGCGACAGCUCCAGACACGGGAGGGGAUGUUUGUGAACAAGGAAGACUGCCUCAGAGGGGUGGAGAGAUUUCAGAAUCGGCAGGGCUGUUACACUGUGAUCCUGAACUCCUUUGAGACCUACGUGUACCUUGCAGGAGCCCUUGCCAUCGGCGUUUUGGCCAUUGAGCUUUUCGCCAUGAUCUUUGCCAUGUGCCUCUUCCGAGGGAUCCAGUAGGCAGCAGCCUGUGAACAACCACAUUGACCCCACGUGCUCAGAAGGAGGAAAAUCAAAAGAAACAAAACCCGAAAACACCCAAAAACUUUAUUUUUUUUAACAAAAUGGGGUAGAGGGAAAAAAGGAGGAAAAAAAAAAAAGAGGGUUGUAAUAUAUGAAUGACCAAAAGGAUUGUACUUCAGGGGCUGGAACUUUGAGGUGAUGUGCACUACACUGUACACCGGACCCUUGCCCAGAGCUGCCUGCAACAGCCGUGGAGAAGUAGCCAAGCGCAGUCGAUUGCACUAGAGACUGAAGGAGCCUGCCGGGGGGAGCGGGAGGAAGACCCACAGCUUCCUCUUCUGCAUAUCAGAGCAAGGCCCUGCCUACCAUUCACGUUUUUAUACCAUUUUAGACCGCAAAGGCCGCAAAGGACUGAAGAACAGCAGCUGGGUAAGGCAGUAUGUUGGCCAAUGCGUAUGACUUGCCCAAGUGGGUUUGAAACAAGUGGUAGUGGUAGAUCAUCUAAGAAAUAGGCAGUUGUUGUUUGUGCGAUUCUGGCUUUAAGUAUGAAUUCCCAGCCACAAAAUAGAAAUGCAUUCAUCAGCGGAAGCUGACUUCCCGGAGAAGUCAAACACUUCAGCAAGGCUGGCUUUUCUCUGGAGCCCCAAGGGGCAGAGGGGUCCCACUUAGAAAUAGGACUCCUUUAAGACAGGCUGGCUGAUGGUCAAUAGUUUGGUGCAUACCUUUCUGUUUUUGCUUAGAUGUACUGUUCACUGUUGUGAAAAAGGAGAACAAGUGGUUCCCUGCUGUGUUCCCAUUCCCCUGGGGAAAAUAAUGGGUCUAGUCAAGAGUAGUUGAUGCUGCUGCCCUCCUGAGAAGUGGAGGAAAUAGCGUUUAAAUCUUCUCAGCUUUUGCCUUUCACCUCAUCGUUGAAAAAAAAAAACAUUUGUGGUGCUCUGCUGGCUUAAAGAUUUGCAGUGGAUUCCUACAUGCUUUUCUGCCCCAAGGGGCGAUCCAGGCAUGAUGCUGGGAUGGAAGUGCUGAGAUUUGUCACCAGCCCCCAUGCUGUUUGCCUUAAACUGUUCUGUGGCAUCAUUUCUGCUCAGAGAGUUUCCCUUCAGGCCCCUGACAAAAACAUCAAGUCAACUGUUCUAGUCCACCUGUUAGCUGGGACUUCCUCCCUCCCUUGAGACAGUUUGACAUUUAACUAACAUGUCACCCACUUACUCAUUUAGAAAUGAACUUGAGAAACAUGCCUGGGACUGGACUUUGGUCACAAAUUAAGAUGGAACUGAGGCCCCCCAGGUAGGGUCUAAGCGCACUUAGUGUGCAGCCAAACCGCUCGAGCUGCUUCUCUGGUGGUGGCAAUCGACCCUAGCAGGGCAUCAGUUUCUCUCAUCUGGAAGCCUCAACGCCCUCUGUGUUAAUUGUUCAUCUGCUCAAUCCCUGACCCCAAACUCAUUUUGCCUGGGGGAGGGCAGAAGGGGCUGCAGUUUCCUCGUUUAGCUUAGGUCUUUUUACAGCCUCCAACUACGGAGCACUUUUAUAUAGGGUUAAACUGGCCCCUCUGGGAGCUGUGACCACUGGCAAUGAAGGAGAGGGUGGAGGAGGCAGCAGUGCAGAGAUGGGAGCAGUAACCUCCAGCCCCAGCUUGGCAGCAGCAGGGACUUUGGCUGUUCCUUGACAGCACUGGCUCUGUGGCCUCUGAGCUUUCCCAAGGACACUGUGCAGAUGAGUGAACCUACUAUGAGGAAGGAAGGAAGCCAGCAAAAAGACUAAGGAUUAGUCUUAGCCAGGAUCCUGGCUAAAUGUCCAGGCUGGCAAAUCAAGAUACUAAGGAACAGGAAGGAGAGCUUUUCAAAGCUUUGUUUGAGAACAAUUUGUUCAUCGGUAGGUGAAGGGGCCCAGACAAGUAGAGCAGCCGCACCCCAAAACUGCAGUCAGCAUAUUCCAGCGCUGGAAUUUGAGGCCAGGACUGUUGAGUGGCCUCAGAUAUUGCAUUAAACCUUGUGGAAAGCUUUUCUGAACAGGUUCCCUCUGGACCCAUUUUUAAUGAUGCAUUUUAGCAUUAAAUUCUGCUCUGUUGUUUAAUGAAGGAAAACAGUUUUGCUGGCCAAGUGCUGCUCUUAAGAGAGGAAAAAAAAUCUGUUGCAUCUACUAGUCUUACAGGGAAUGGGCCACUGCACUGGAGCCAGACUCCAGCAGAAGGACAUCUCAUCUGUUCUGGGUCUGCCUCAGGAGCUGGUGUCAGUGACUGCUCUGGGAGAGCAACUGCCAGGGGAGGAAGAAAACCAUGACCACAGGUGUUAAUUUGGAUGGAGGUGAGCAAGAGGAGCAGAACUGCCAUCCUUUCCCCCUCCCCUUGUCUCCAUUUUUUUUCCUUUUACCCUCAGUCUCUUGUGAAAAGUUCUGGCGCCUCUGGUCAGGGCUUGGAGGGAGAAAGCCCCGUUUUCUUCAGGGUGGCUGGGUUGAAGACAAAAAAGCCCUUUUCCCCACCCAGUGGCACUGGGGAAAUAACUAUCAGAGCUGGGGGCGCUGACCAGGGCAGUCAGAGUACUAAGUGAUAAAUAGGCUAGACUGAAAUAGGAUCUCUGCAUGCUUAUUUCUCUUUGGCUUUCCCAGUUCUAUACUGUUUUGUCUGUUUUUAGCUCCUUUACUUUUCCUUUCCCCCCUAAUGGCUCCAUUUCACCCUGUAUCUUCAACAGCUCCCUUGUUCUUCUGUUAUUCUGGCCAUUGUGCUUUUUUUUCUUUUUUUCUUCUCUCUCUCUCUCUCUUACCUUGUAUGAUCCCUCAAUGCUCUUUUUCUGGAUGAAGACUUCAAAUCCUCUCUGCAGUUGGCUAGCAUACCACUGGGAACACGGCUUGAAACCAAAGCAAAGGCCAGGCAACACAUUUUAAACAAGAAAUGGAGAGAGCUGUAAAGAUAAGUGGAAGUUGGAGAGGUCCUGUGGAACUAGGUAACAGGCAGAAAAAAUUUCCCCUAAGGGAUUUUAAUGAAUAAGCAAGCCCAGAAGGUGGACUCCUGGGGUAUGGCAAGGCAUGUAAAUUUAGUUUUGUCCAGUAGUUAUGUGGCCACCCCCUCUGUUGUUCAGUAGACAAUUCUGUGUUUUUCUCUUUUCAGAACAGUAGGCAGGAGAAGCAACUGUAUUUUUGUAUUUAACAGCUCUGGCAUGUUCUUUUGAGUCAGAGGCUCAGGCUAAAGUCACUGCUUGCUGGAGAGCUCUGGGCAGGCCGGGGACCAGAGGGAGCUGCCGUGCUGUCAGUUCCUUUGCUGCAUGUAGCACUGUGACUGCAGCCCAUGCACCUUGGAUGUAAUUAUUAGAGAGCAGUCUGUGGCUGUAAGCCAAAAGCCCCUCGCUGCACCCCUGCCUCCUAGCUGUUAUUUAAGGCUCAAAUGACUGUCACAAAUGCCUGGGAAAAGGGCUGCGUGUGAAAAAAAUGUUUGAAAUCUAUUUUAAAAAACUGUAAAUGUUCUUUUUAUUAGAUAGUGGAGCUAAUUUAUCCUGUAUUCCCUACUGUAAUGCUUUUUUAUAAUGAAAGGAAUUUUUUUUUGGUAAUAUAAGCCAGAACACAAGUCUGAAGCACUCUCUGCACGUUUUUUUUGUGUGCGUUUCUUAAGAAAAUAAAAAAUAAAAGAAAGAUAUUGUGACAGUGAAGUGAAAUGGCUUUAAUUUUCACUAUUUGUUUGGUGUUUAAGUACAGUCACUUUCUUACCAGAGGAGGAAGAAGAAACUCAGGUACAGCAGCUAAAAUGAGGUAUAAACUGAAGUGUAUUGUCAUUUCCACCCUCCCCCCUCCCCAACCACCCCUCAAGUAAAAAAACACGAGACCAGAGGCUACCUUAGGACAGCUAGAGCCUCUCUUUUGUCACCAGCUCCAGUUUGUCAGAUAUUGGUAUAUAGGCCUAAAUAAGGCUAAAUAAGGCUAUGUCGAGGGUUAUGUGACUGACCAGCUUGCUUCACCCUCAAAGGCGAGGGCUCUACAAAUGCAAGGGUUCGGGUCGGCCUACUGCAGAGAAAAGGGGUCAGCCUCAGUCCUGGCCUGUGCUUGUUUGGGGCACAGCCUUUUGGGGAAAUGUGGCUUUCCAUAAAUGCAAGUAGGUAAUUCUUUGCAAAAUUGCCUCCCACGGGAGAGGACAGCAGUCCAUGAUCUUCCCCACAGUUUAACAGAUGAGGAAACUGAGACCUAUGGAGAUGAAGGGAUUUUUCUCACAGCAGAUCAGUACCUGAGCCUGAAGAGAUGCCUCAGGCUUUUGAUCCCAAUUUAUAUGCUCAGCUACCACCUGCAGCUGUGUUCCCAACCCUUCCAUCCUUAGAAACCUUCCCCAUCCAUGGCCAAGUGAAGACAGACCCACAGCUGGUUUCUGGCACUGCUGCAGGUACUCUGCCUCAGCUCCAGCCUCAAGCAGCUUGAGAACACCCUCCCCACCCUCACCUGCUACGAAUCCACCUCCUCCGGCUGCCUGGGCCUUGUUUCAUCAGUGAGGUACUGCUGGAGGAGAGGGACAAUGCCAGGGACCAAAACCUUCCUGUAGCAGUUGCCAGGCAAGGCAUUUGCCCCUUCCUUCUUUGUAAGAGAUGGUCCUGGACCUAUCAGCCCCACUCCAUUUCUACACAGUUUAUAAAAAAACACUCCUAUUAAGCUGUUAAACUGUUAAGCUGUUAAACACUCCUGCAAGCUGCAGCAACAAGCAGGAAAAACAAGCAAACUUCAUCUCUUCACUUUUGCGGCUAAGCCCUGACUAGCAUCAAAUCUCUUGGAGACCACCCCCAGGCUCUGUUCUGUGUUGGAACAGAAGACAUCAGAUGACAAAACUAGCAGUAGCAUCAGCUAGAGGUGGCUGACUGUUUUGCAGAGACAGCUGCUAAGCAGGGGACCAAAGAGGAAUCUGACCUCACUUGCUUGAAAACUCCUUUAGAACGACUUAAACUCUUACCCCACCCUGCGCCUCUUGCUUCACCUUUAACAAUACAC